AUGGUACGAGCUCUAUAUGCGCUCUGUAUUCUUCUCGCUUGUGUCCUCUUUUGUCAAUCACAACGUGUUCAAGUAAUCUAUGAAGGCCAAAACAUAGCUUUCUACUGCAAUGCCACCGGAAUUUCCGCAUAUGCACCUGUACAUUAUCAAUGGGAGCUUGACAACCGUGUUAUUAUUGCAUCAGAUGACAAGUUUUCACUCAUAAACAUAACAAAGGCCGAUGAGGGGGAAUACAAGUGCACAGCUACACAGUUUAUCAAUGGGACGCCUGUGGUUGCAGUCGAAUCCACCUACAUCAGUGUUAGACGAGCUGAUUCGAUAAUUACGCAGGAUGUUGAGGAAGGAAUUUUGGUGCGGAUUUUGUGCAAUGUCACUGGAAGUACCAGGCCGGAUGGUGCUGGUCCACUCCGGUACGAGUGGCGAAAUCCAAAUGGUACACUUGUUGGAACACAGUGGAAGUUAGAAUUGGGACAUAUCGAACUUCAUGAAUCUGGCGUGUAUGUUUGUCGCGUCUCCUAUGAACUGGAUAAAAGACAAAUGUCUACCAGCUCAGCUACUCGGAUCAACGUUUUAAAACUACGGGUAAAGUUACGGGUGAGUAAAAAGGAGGACUCACUGGCACGCAUGGGCAAAGAGGAGCGGCUGUGGGGUAUGAAACGUCUUCAGUUUAGGAACGUGAAUUUACAGUCGCAGUAG